CUGCUGUGAUGUUGACUUUGGAAGGAGUUGACGCCAACCGAGUGCGUUAAAUAGCGGCGGCGACGCCCGGCGCAAGAGAGGAGAGAGACAGAGAGAGAGAAGCAGCCAGCGGCACGCGUUCUCUGGGUCUGCACGGCCGCGGUGACAGGCUCGCAAUGGCCACCUCUUACCACGUGCUGCUGAUGAGCGCAUGCCUGGCACUGGGGGCGCACGGCUUUACGAGCAGGAGAUUGAUGACAGAAGUUGGUUCAGGGUUCACGGUGCGCAUGUACGUGGAUGGAGACCGGAGUGAGCGCGUGCACGGCGAGGGGGUGAAGGUCAUGUGCUCCGUGACGGGCCCAACGAGCGCCGACCUCGUGUGGCAUCACCCAGACAGCGUGACGGGGCGAGUGACCAUAGGUGCCAGGAAGGAGCAGGAGGUGGAGGAGGAAGGCGUCGUCAAGAGCAAGGUGCAGGAGGUCCUGCAGGUGGGGAAGCUGAGCCUUGGAGAUGGAGGAGCCUACGGGUGCCACAUCCUGGACCACAAUGACCUCAAGGGCAACGUCGAUAUCGUCGUGAGAGAGCACAUCGACAUCCCAGACCGAUGUGAGGAGGGAAAUCUAGAUGCUGUUGCCAGCUCCUUAGAUGGGAUCACGUACAUCUUCAAAGGCCCCGUCUACUGGAAGAACUUCGGGCCCAACGCUUCCAUGGGGUUCAUCGAUUCGGACUGGAAAAUCCCGAACGGCUCGAUUAGCGCGGCCUUCAGGCGGCACUCGAAGGGCAACGAGCAUCACUACAAGACCUACAUCUUCAAGGGCGGUGAAGUAUGGCGCUACGUUGGGACGACACUGGAGCCCGGCUUCCCAAUGGCCAUCUCGGCCGCGUUCCCAGGGGCUCCGGCCUCGCCUGACGCCGUGGUCGAGUGUCCCGCCGAGGACUGCCGCUCCGACUCCGUGCUCUUCUUUAAAGGUGGCGAGGUGCUCGCAUGCGACCUCUUCACGGGCGCGUGCAAGCGGCGCUCCUUCCCAGCCCUCCCCGCCUGCUCCGCAGUCACUCGCUGGCUCGGCCGCUACUACUGCUUCCACGGACACGAGUUCUACCGCUUUGAGCCCAUCACGGGCCUCGUGCCGCCCGGCUACCCUCGCGACGCCAGAGUCUACUUCCACCACUGCCCGGCAGACCACGUGCACAAGAAGGGGAGCAGCCGCGACCCGUGCCACGACACCAACGGAUGCAGCGGUCGCAGCCUGGAUGCCCUCUCCGUGGGCCCCGACGGGAGGAGCUUCGCCUUCCGAGGAGCGUGGUUCUGGAGGCUGGACACCAGGCGGGAUGGAAUGCAUCCAUUCCGGAUCACAGACUCCUGGCCCGGAACUCCUCUCAACCCGGACUCGGCCUUCGAGUGGAACUCAAACAUGGUGUUCACCAAGGGCGACCUCGUGUGGAUAUUUAAGGGCGAGGGUUCCUUCGUGCUGCUCUCCGGGUUCCCAAAGCCAAUCUCCACCGAGUUCCCUGGGCUCCCUGCAUCCUGGGACUCAGCAUUCAUCUGCAGCGCUCACCCCAACAUCCUGACCGUAACCAAGGGUGGAGACGUGUGGAUGUACGAGCUGACCUCACGCACGGUCGCCUGCCGGGGCACGGUGCCAGGCCUGCUGGGAGGCAACUCGGUGAACGCGGCGUGGUGCUCGCACGCCUCUGUGUCGCUCGCGCUCGGGGACGAGCUCGUCGCGCUCACGCACAGCGGGGCGCGUCCAGCCGAGCCUCACUGCGGCCUCGCUUUGGCCCCUGGCGCAGGAACGGGCUCCGUGGCCAAGGAGCUAUUCCACUGCCCUGCGGACGCGGCAAGGUGCCCGAGCCCCGUGGGCACAGCGUGAUGUAGCGAUGUGAACCUUAUGGCGGGACCCCCCCCCCCCCCCCGGGGGUCGCGAAUAAACGGAAGUCAAAAUCGUAAUUGAUUCAUUUAAUUUUGGCGACUCCGUCCCACCGCCACCCACCAGAAAUCAAUCCUCUCGUUCUUCACCAAGCACCCGUCGUUGCCAACAUUUGAUUAGCGCAUCGUGUAGAGCUCGUCGAGAGGAACAGAUUGCCGUAUCGUUCGCCUUCAACGGACAUAAAAUGAUUUGGUCAGAGACAAUCACGUCAUCCACCAAAGAGUCAUCAUCAAUUACCAGCGGCACUCCCAGCAACAUAGUAACUACCACCAGUAUUACAUCAUCUUCAACGACACCAGCAGCAGUAUCUGCAUCACAAUCCCUCAGCAGCAACAGAAUGGGCAUCAUCACUGUGAUGAUCUCCGUGCACAUCACCACUACCAUCACUUGAAUUUUAUGGCCACUGAAUGGAGUUUUUCUGCAGAGAAUACAAGGAUUCGAUGGCAGUAUAGGGUAAAGGAUUCUAGAUUUGAAGCUUUCGUGACUGCAAGGAUUCAUAUUCUUAGGUUUUUUCGGUAAAUCACGUAGGUAAUUUUUUUAAAUAAAAGUAAAAUAAAAAUAAA